CGUAUGGUAUGUAUGGGGCUGGUGGAGACCAGUACCCGGAUGUAGUCACGUGACAGUACACAUCAAUUCAAUAACAAAGAAUGUAUAUGUCGUUAUUUCCCACGCACAGGCACUCCAAAUGUGCUUUUUUGUGUGCAGUCGAGAAGAAAAUGAUCCUGUUUGUCGUUGAGUCCCAAACGAGUGAAACAGCGACCACCCCUUCCACACAUGCGACAACUAGGGAUUAGGAGGCAGUUUUGUGGAGAGAGGACUUUAUUGACUGUAAUCUGCACAAAUCCGCUACAGUGCGAAACAUCGCUAACUUCGCAUUGGCGUCAACGGACAGCGUCUGAUGUCGGAGCAAAAUUCAGCACAAAGGCGAGACGGUUUUAUAGUGUGUCACCUCCUUGCCAUGUGGUAAUCAUCUGAACAACACAAAAAAACGAUACUGAACAACGGCUUGAGCCGCUGAUCUCAUCUACCAGAGUGCACCUGCAAGGCUCACAUGGCCCACCAUUAUGAACCCUGGCUACGGACAGCACCAUCUAGUGGCAGCACAGACGAAAUGAACAUCACUUCCUGGUGGGACCUCCAGAGAGAUGUUCCGUCUGGGAACUGGAUUGACCUCCACACAGGGCAAGGUGCUGACUUACCUUCUGUGAGUUCAGGGGCCACCAUGGGUGUGCAGUCCUCUUUAGCCUCCUACGGUUCUGAGUCGCAACUGUGCUCCUUGCCUCUUACUCAACAUGUACCAGCAUCACAUUCACCUCACCUCUUCCCUCCGGGUGGCUUCAAGAUGGAACCUCUCGCUUCUGAUAUCUUCCAACAAGAACCAUUCACACUGGAGGAGCCACGGGAGAAUGUUGUCUUGGCCCGGCCAAAGUCCCAGAGGCGUUCUUCUUCCAGGGGGGCUGGCCAGGCGGUGUGUCGCUGUCCUAACUGUGUUCACGCUGAGCAACUGGGCCACAGCACUGAUGACAGCAGGAGGAAGCACAUGCACAACUGCCACAUCCCUGGCUGUGGCAAAGCCUAUGCCAAGACCUCUCAUCUAAAGGCUCACCUGCGGUGGCACAGCGGGGACCGGCCAUUCGUCUGCAACUGGCUCUUCUGCGGCAAGCGUUUUACACGUUCCGACGAACUGCAGCGCCAUUUACAGACGCACACCGGUACCAAGAAAUUUAGCUGUGUGUUAUGCCCUCGGGUGUUUAUGCGCAAUGAUCACCUGGCCAAGCACAUGCGUACACAUGAGUCCCCAGCAGGUCAUGGGGAGGAGAGUGUGAACGGAGAUGGCAAGGGCUUCGAUUCCCCCACACCUCCUCAGUCAUCAUCAAACAUGUCCGCACCCGACACCAUAGAGCCUCCACUGAAGCUGAAAUGUGAGACAGACCCCUCGGUGUCCGGUGCAACUGGGUAGUCCAGCUAAUUUCAUUACUUUCAGAAUCAAGUUUGAUCUAAAUAGGGAUGCCAUCACUUGUGCACAUUCUGUCAUCAGUUUCAUAAUAGAGCUGUUUGGAUUUUAGGUUAGAAGCCUAAACUGAUCUACUUGGUACAGAAUGUGUUUUUCUAUGGUUCAGUAAAUUACUAAUAUUGACUGGACCAUCAACUCUGUGAUUUACUAGCACUCUGACCUCUGCUUAGGUUGAAGUUUUACCAAAAGUGCGCUUAAUGAUGUUAGUAAGAGGACAGUAUAAUUUUUUAUUGUGUCUUGAGUUAACAUGAUACAAAACAACAGACAAUAGAUUCCUUUCAAGAAAGUUUUAAAAUGUUUUUUUUUUUUUUUUAGCUGGAGAAUUGUGUAACAGGAACACUUCUCAUGUCUGGAUUGGCACCAGAAAUAAAUGGGUUCUUCCUCUGCACAUAUGCCAACCCUUCACAAAACUUGGGCUGUGUAGUUUUUUACAUAAUCCUUCUGGCUAGCAAACUAAUAUAAUACCGUCCUCUCCUUGGCAGAGGCAAAUAAAUGAUUCCACAAAAUGAGCGAAGUUUGCAACUCAGAGAGAGUCUGUUGCAGGACUCAUGCUGCUAGGGACACUUUCUACCUGCAGAUCAAACAAGGGUGCAUUAAUUGAGUUACUAUGGUACAUACAUUUUUGUUUUACUGAAAGACUUUGAAGAUUUUUUUUAAAGAAAAUUAAGCAACUUGAAGUAUGAAUUGUGGCGGCACAGUGGACGACAGGUUAGAGCGUCAGCCUCACAGUUCUGAGGACCCAGGUUCAAUCCCCGGCCCCGCCUGUGUGGAGUUUGCAUGUUCUCCCCGUGCCUGCGUAGGUUUUCUCCGGGCACUCCGGUUUCCUCCAAAAACAUGCAUUAAUUGGAGACUCUAAAUUGCCCGUAGGUGUGACUGUGAGUGUGAAUGGUUGUUUGUUUGUAUGUGCCCUGCAAUUGGUUGGCAAGCAGUUCAGGGUGUACCCCGCCUCCUGCCCGCUGACAGCUGGGAUAGGCUCCAGCACGCCCGCGACCCUAGUGAGGAGAAGUGGCUCGGAAAAUGGAUGGAUGGAUGGAAGUAUGAAUUGUCUAACAAAUGCAAAUAAAUCCCACAAGCGAUGCAAAACAUGAAUACAUACAAGUAUAUAUAAAUUCAUGUUUUGCAUUGCUUGUGGGAUUUAAUACAGUUAACCGUGGUCACAGCAGCUACUGCUUGGUUCAACCUAUGCACGAUUCUGUUUGGGCAUGUUAAUGACAACAAUUAUGUCAAGAAAAAACACCUCAUGUGUUAAUACUACCGGGAGCCUUGUGGAUAUUCACAUCUUUGUACAAAGAAGACAUUAGAAUCAACAGGUCUAUGUGGCCAAAGCAGCAGUUACCAGGUCAACAAUGAAAACGAUAUCCAGGAAACUGAAGGACACUUAAUGUGAACACCUAUCUGCCGCGUGAUGCAAUUAUUUGUGCAAGUCCCUCAAUCAACGUUUGCAACAGCUAGAUCAUUUUGGAAAGUGAUCUGUCAGAAAGAUAUACACACUUUGGAUUUAACACAAAAAUAAAACAAAAAUUAGUUAUCAUUCUGUUGAUGAAAAUUAAGUACAUAAUAAUUAUACCACACAACACUUUUUCUCCAGGGUAAUGUUUGUAUUGUAAGGAAAAUAUAGAAGGAGAAACAUCAUGUGAUGUUAGAAAUAAUUCAAAAUUUGGUUGGCCUGGUUAUUACAAUGCAAUUUCCAUCUUUAAAGAAAGACUUGUACACUGUUUAAUUGAGACGUGCAGCGAUAAUUUGGAUAACUACCAAUUAUAAGACUACACGCAUUAAGGACAGGCAUAAUAAGAAAUUAUUGUCAACCUAUGAUGAUAAUGACUACUGUAAUUAGUAAGUUUACAAUAAUGCAGUCUCACAAUUUCCUUGUUUUUACAUGAGAAUUUAAGAGUUGUUGGUUAAUUGCUGUGUACUUAUUGUGUACUGCAUAUUAAUAUUUUGUAUAGUAACAGUUUAACGGUGUUUUCAUUUAUAUUGAUUUGAUCAGUAGCAUAAGAAAGAUACAUUUUUAAAGAACUUUCUGUAGUCAUUUUAAGUUGUAGUGACUGUAAUAAAAAUUUAUAGUGUUUAUGUGGUGUAAUAUUGUUUAUUUAAUCUGUUAUUGUCAUCUAUAAUUAAUAAAACGGUGUGCAUGUGAA